AGAGUGCGAAAACGUGCUAUCAUUCCGGCCCCACCUGCCUGGCUGUGUUGAUGUUGAUGCUGAUGCUACUCAAUUCCAUCAGCUGAACCGCGUGAAAGCACGUCCCUCCAUCAUCUCGUAGCUGCAAUCAUUAUUUGCGAAGCUCUCAUAACGAUUGCAUUUGGUACGCCCGCCAAACGUCGGCAAAUAUCGAGAGUCGGAAACAGCGCGACCGACAAGUGAUAGUGUGACUUGUUUCGCAAAGUUUCGCCGUUUCAUCAUUAUCAGCUCGGCGCGAACCCGGUGCGGAAGUGCGGAUUAUUUCAGCAGAUCGCAACUUUAUAGGAGACCAGUUGAUAGUAACCAGCGAGAAUGGUUUGGACGCGACCGGCCAAUGUUCCGUACCCAUCGGUUUGGCAUACCUUUCGGGCCAAGGACGUGGACAGCGACCAGCUGGUGAAUUACGUGGUUCAGGACCUGCCGGAGGAGCGCUUCGAGGAGGCCAUCGGUCACAUGCUGGGGAUCUUCAUCCACGAUGAACCGACUUGUGAGGCUAAGAAACUGGCCGAAGACCCAGUGAGCGUGCAGGAGAUCGGAGACGUAUGGCGCGAACUCGUCAAGCACCGCGUGGCUUUGAUAUGUUACCGCGAGGGAUCUAACGAGAUCGCCGGUAUCAACAUGACGUACGUCUCUUGCAAGGACGACAAGCAAGAGUACACCUGUAAAGGUGACCGCUGGCGGGACGUGUUCGACUCGGUGGUCUACUUCUCCGACCGGAGCAACGUAUUCGAGCGGUACCAGGUGGACAAGUACCUCGCGGCGAUGGGACUAUCUGUAACGCCCAAGUACCGUGGCCGUGGAAUUGCGACAGAGAUUCUCCGAGCGCGGAUCCCGCUGUGCAAGGCCGUUGGGUUGCCGCUGACAUCGACGGUUUUUACGGCUACCGGAUCGCAGAUUCCGGCCGCCAAGGUGGGUUUCGAGGAAAACUUCGUCAUGGAGUACGCCGAUCUGGCUAAGGUCAACCCGCGGUUUGAGUUUCCGGGCAUUCCCAGCAAGUAUUGUAAGAGUAUGAGCUUGAAGAUUCAAUAAAGGCGAUCAAAGCGCGGGAUAAUUAA